AUGUCUCGCAUCAUUGAUAAGCUGCGAGGUAAGCGCGCUGUCUCGCGAGGAGAUCGGACGACCGAGGGGACGGUCGGAGAAUUAACAGACAGUUUAUCAGCCUCAAACCUGCUAGACCCUGAAGGCUCCCAAGGCCCCGAUGGCCCCGAUGGCCUGGGCCCGAAAGUCUGGAGCGAGCCUUCUGUGGACCACGGGCCGCUCGUCGACAUCGUCUUCGUUCACGGCUUGACCGGCAAACGCACAAAGACUUGGCUGGCUGAUGGAGCUGCACGGCCGUGGCCUCAAGAACUGCUCUCCAAAAAAAUACCAGAAGCCCGUAUUAUCACAUACGGUUACAACGCCGACGUCGUCCACUUCAUCAAGCCGGCGGGACAGAACACGGUCCGCGAACAUGCCAAGAAUCUCGUCGGAGAUUUGACCAGUCUUCGGCGUCGAACAUCAUCAUUUCGGCGGCCUCUCAUUUUUGUAGCUCACAGUCUGGGAGGCUUGGUCUGUGAACAGGCCAUCGUACUGUCAAAUCAUGAUUUCGAGGCAGAACAUCAACUUUCAGACUCGCUGCAUGGCAUCGUCUUCCUAGGAACCCCACACGCUGGCUCUGAUAUGACCAAAUUUGCUCUUGCAUUAAGCUACAUCAUCAAACUCAGUUUGGUUAAAAAUCCCAAUACAAGCAACAUUGCUGUGUUGAAAAAAGACUCUGAAGUUCUAGCUGAUAUCCAGGACUCUUUCAUGAAAGCGAUCACCGGACGGCAAGUACAGGGCAAGAAGUCUCUAGCGAUUCAUUGUUGUACCGAAGAGAAUCCAGUACAAGGCUUAGGUCGCCGUGUCGUGGAGCCUGCUUCGGCACGGUUUCCAGGCCCCUGCACGUCAAACACCAUCCCUGCUGACCACAUGAGCAUGACUAAAUUCCAUCACCCGGCCCAAGUCGGAUAUGCGCGAUUGUCUGAUAGAUUGAGGGAAUGGGUUGACGAGAUUCAGGAAGUACCUUCAAGCACACAUAUAGCCCAUCAAAUUUUACCGCAACCAGGUGCUGUUGUUGUGAUGCCAUUUGCGCAGGACAAAGACUUUGUUGGGCGUGAGGAUAUCUUAAUGAGUCUUGAUGAGGGGUUCUCCCAGUCGACAUCUCUUCGACGGAUGGCCUUGGCAGGUUUGGGCGGUAUCGGCAAAUCCCAAAUUGCCAUUGAAUACGCAUAUCGACUGCGAAAAAAAUGGCCGGCAAGAUCUGUGUUCUGGGUCCACGCCAACAAUGCUGCUCGCUUUGAACAGAGCUAUCGGAAUAUCGCUACCGCCACCAAGAUCCCCGGCAUCGAGGACCCCAAAGUCGAUGUUUUGAAUCUGGUGUCUCAAUGGCUGGGCAGCUCCGAAAGUGGUGAUUGGCUUUUGAUUCUCGACAACGCGGAUGAUGCAGAUAUGUUUUUCGGCCCGCUUGUAGGCCCCACGACUCAGAGUGAUGCAGCAAGUAUCGAACCUCCAUGCUUGUCACGGUUUUUACCUCAAACAGGAACCGGAUCAAUACUGGUAACAUCCAGAGACGAGGGCACAGCGUUCCGUCUCACUGGAGGACGGAAACAAGUGCUGCGGGUCGACAUCAUGUCAGAGGAUGAUACCAUGGCAUUACUUACCAACAAGUUGCCCGAAGACCCCUCGGAUAACUCUGCAAAGAAAGAAUUGAUCAUCGAACUUGGCUCAGUACCACUGGCGGUCACUCAAGCCUCAGCGUACAUCACUGUCCAAGGUUCGAGGAUGACGGUGGCAAAGUAUCUUCAAUUGCUGCGACAUGAUGAGAAGAAUCAGAUAGACCUACUCAGCAAAAACGAGGUAGACCUUCGAAGAGAUCCUGGAGUCCCAAAUUCGGUCAUCAGAACAUGGCAGAUUUCCUUCUCGCAGAUCAAAGAUCAAAACCCAGCUGCAGCUGACCUCUUAUCAUGCAUGUGUAUGCUUGAUCGGCAAGGGAUUCCCGAAUUCCUGUUCUGUGAAGAUGGCGAUCAGUCUCUGAACUUUGAAGAGGCUAUUGGAACUCUGCUUCGAUUCUCGUUUGUGAUCGAAGAGAAGGGAAACAAAGCGUUCGCAAUCCAUCGACUUGUGCAGCUUGCAACGAGGAAAUGGCUUGAAGCAUAUGGAGAGAUGGGGAAAGCUCAAGAAGAGGCUCUGAGACUAAUCUCGGACCAUUAUCCAGUAGGCACAUACGAAAACUGGACAGUAUGUGAAGCUCUGGAACCACAUGCGCAAGUUGUCCUGAAGUACACCUAUGACUCAGAAGCUUGCAAACUUCAGCAAUCGGACAUCCUUUACAACGGGGCUUCCUACGCUGGCGAUCAGGGGAGGUUCAACAUUACGGAGGAAAAGGUACAAAAAGCCAUAGAUAUCCAAAUGAUGUGUCUGGAUUCAGACGAUUCAAUCACCUUAAGUAGUCUUCAUCGCCUCGCCGCGACAUAUCGGAAACAAGGUCGGUGGACUGAGGCGGAGGCACUGAAUAUACAGGUGCUAGAGAUAAGAAAAAGAGUAUUAGGAGCCGAGCAUGAAAACACGCUGACCACCAUGGGCAAUCUGGCAUUGACGUAUCAGGAACAAGGUCGGUGGACUGAGGCGGAGGCACUGAAUAUACAGGUGCUAGAGAUAAGAAAAAGAGUAUCAGGAGCCGAGCAUCAAAACACGCUGUUCACCAUGGGCAAUCUGGCAUUGACGUAUCAGGAACAAGGUCGGUGGAGUAAGGCGGAGGCACUUGAAGUGCAGGUGCUAGAGAUACGUACAAGAGUAUUCGGAGUCGAGCAUCCAGACACGCUGAUCACUAUGAACAAUCUGGCAUCGACGUAUGGGGAUCAAGGACGGUGGACUCAGGCGGAGGAACUUGAUGUGCAGGUGCUAGAGAUACGUAAAAGAGUAUUAGGAGUCGAGCAUCCAGGUACGCUGACCACCAUGGACAAUCUGGCAUUGAUGUAUUCAAGCCAAGGCCGGUGGAUUGAGGCGGAGGCACUGAACGUGCAGGUGCUAGAGACGAGGAGAAGAGUAUCGGGAGCCGAGCAUCCAGACACGCUGACCACCAUGAACAAUCUGGCAUCGACGUAUUUUAAUCAAGGACGAUGGACUCAGGCGGAAGAACUUGAAGUGCAGGUGCUAGAGAUGAAGAGAAGAGUAUUGGGAGCCGAACAUCCAGAUACACUGAUCGCCAUAAACAACCUUGCCUAUACUUAUCGCAGUCUCAAUCGUCACAACGAAGCAAUCACAUUGAUGGAGCAAGCUGUGGAGCUAAGGACAAAGAAUCUAGGGGCAAAUCAUCCUCACACGAUUUCUUCAAUCGAUACACUGGCAGGCUGGAGAGACAGUUGA